AUGUCUAUAACAACUUGCCAGAAGGUUACUCUUAUAUCAUGCUCUGUUCUCUGUGUUUCUCUCUUCCUGCCCAGAAUGCUUUUACCCAGAGGGAAAAAGGAGAUGGGGCAGCCUGAGGUUGGACCCGGGUUCUACCCUCCCGUGAUGCAUCAGCUGUCGGUGCCGCAGGACCCGGAGCAGUGGGGCGUGGACACCUCGUACUCCAUCACGCACAGCGUCGAAGCCAUAGUGAAAGUAAAAGGACGAGCCAAAAAGUACAACCUGAUGGCUCAAGUGAUACCAAUAUAUGGCUUCGGGAUCCUUCUUUACAUCCUUUAUAUCAUCUAUAAGCUGACAUGUAAGGGGAAGACCAACAAAUCAGGAACCUACACGACAGCAACCAGGACAAACAUGGAGACUGUGACGACGGCCGAUCACGAGCUCGUCAGGCUGCAGGAGAGGCUGCUGCGGACUGAAAGGAUGAUGGACAGGAUCGUCUCUGGGAAGAGCCAUUGUUCUGGGAGUGGCAGGAGGAGGAAGAGCAAAACCACCACAUCAAAGAAGGAGGAGAAACUGCUCAGGCAACUUAGACAGAUCACACAGCUGAUGCAAGAGGGCCGGCUGGAGGGAGCCUCUCCGGAGAUGGAGGCUGAGGAGGUUCCCUACGGUGCAGACUGGGAAGGCUACCCAGAGGAAACCUACCCAGAGUACGAUGACGUCUUGGAACGUCAUGCAUUUGAGACCUUCACUCUGGAGGAAUGCACCAGCCAGCCCACUGCCGAGGCUCUGGCCGAGAGGAUGGAGCAGGAGGAGGAAGAGGUCAUGGCCAGGAAACUGUCCGUAGUGGAAGAGGAAGAUGAAGAAGAAGAGGAGGAGGAGGAGGAGGACAAAGAGGAUGAAGAUGAAGAGGACGAGGAAGAGGACGAGGUAGAGAAUCCAGAGGAAGACAUGGAGGAAGAGGAGGAGGAGGAGGAAGAGGAGGAGGAAGAAGCAGAGAAGAGGCAGCUGCUCCGAACGUCAUCACCUCGGCCGCCUCUGGCAAGAAAGGAGGUGAGAAUGGGGCUGGAGGUGAGCAGAGAGCUCCAGUGUCCCAGCGGAGGGAGGAAGCAGAUAAGCUUCAGCGAACACAAAGACGUCUUCCACUAUCCCAAAGAGGGGACUUACGAGGAGGACGAGGAG